AUGGAAAGCAUUACAAACUUCUCAGUUUCACUAAUCAAAGGAUUUAUUGAUAGUUUGCGUGGUGUAACAGUCUUGUUAUAUUUAGAUAAAGAAAUUAAUGAACGAGCCCUAAGUCGUUCUCCUCAACUGGAAUAUGACGGUGCCAAACAUAAAUUAAAGCAGCCUAAAAUAAAACAAGAGUCAAAAGUACUUACAAGAGUAUUACAGUCUUGUAUCUUAAAUGGGUUUAUAUUUUUACUAAGUAUACUUGUGUUUGAAUAUGCAUUACUACCAGGGGUUAAGUACUUAGUAAUAGCUAUAUUUGGACAUAAUCCAGGAGUAGCAUACAGUGUAUGGUCAUGGAUUCAACCAUUCUUAUCUAUGACAUUCAGGAUGAUAUGGGUGUUGCCACUGUUCCUUUUGAGCAAACUGGUUAACAGCCUGUGGUUUCAAGAUAUAGCAGACUCUGCAUAUAGACACAGACGAGGCAGGCCUCAAUUCAUGUCUAGUGUUAGCAAAAUCAUUGCUGACUCACUGUUUAGUUUAUUGGUGCAAGCCUUAUUCUUAGUUCAGAGUAUGCUAGUCAGUAUGUUACCUAUAACAUAUGUUGGUGAACUAUUAUGCCUUAUUCACAUGUGUCUACUGUACUCGCUCUAUUCCUUUGAGUACAAAUGGUUCAACAUGGGCUGGGAAUUACACAAACGGCUGACAUUUAUUGAAACCAAUUGGCCUUACUUUCUUGGGUUUGGUCUGCCAUUGGCUGUAUUGACACAGAUUCCACAGUCAUAUAUUAUUAGUGGUUGUGUGUUUUCAAUAUUUUUCCCCGUUUUCAUUUUAAGUGGCAAUGAAGCGUCUCCGGUCACUGGAAGUGAAUAUCCCCUUCGUUUAUUCUCUCCCGUAGUUGCAAUCUCAAAUGGAAUGUUCCGUUUCGUCCAACACAGCGCUGACGUCAUGGACAAAACGAGAUGA